GUUCCUUCUUGAUCCAACAUCUUAAAUAUAUUUAUGAUUAACAAGUUAGUGAUAACAAUUUCCGUAUUUUUACAUAUUUGAUUUACGGUUACAUUCAAAAGUGAUGAUUAUUACAUAUGAAUAAAAAAAAUUACCAUCUUUAUACUGAUGUGAAGUACGUUUUCUUUUAAAAGAGACUUACUUCUCGAAGCGGUAUUACUUGGAAAUGUGAGAUUUUUACUUCAUUCACGAAUAUUGCAAAUCUACAUAAACAGAGAUGAAUGGUAAAAUGGAAGAUAACAUGAUUGAAGUAACCGGUGCAUAUAAGCGCUACGAUGUGCAUACGGAAGUGCUUUGUGAUCUGAACAUGAGUGUCCAAAGAGGAUCUAUAUAUGCAUUCCUUGGGCCUAGUGGUUGUGGUAAAACAACCCUUUUGAAAUGUAUUGUGGGAAGAAUGAGGCUUGAUUGUGGAGAAAUAGUUCUUGGGGUACAACAUAGAUCACAGAUAGGCUAUAUGCCACAGGAGACUGCUUUACUGCCAGAAAUUACAAUAAAAGAAACACUGAGUUAUUUCGGAUGGAUGUAUGGGAUGAAGGGUAUAGAACUUGCAAGAAGAAAGCAGGAGCUAUAUGAUUUUCUUGAUAUACCUCCAGAAAAUAAACGAAUCAAGAAAUUGAGCGGGGGUCAACAAAGAAGAGUAUCAUUGUGUGUUGCUCUAUUAAAUAACCCAGACUUGAUGAUCUUAGAUGAACCUACCGUUGGUCUUGAUCCACUAUUAAGUUAUAGCAUAUGGCAAUGCUUAUUUAAAAUGUUGGAAAGAAGCAACAAAACCAUUCUCUUAACAACACACUACAUAGAAGAAGCAAAGCAAGCUAAUAGGGUUGGGAUCAUGAGGGGAGGCUGCUUACUAGCUCAAGGAGAACCCGCUGCUAUUGUGAAAGAAUAUAAUUGCAUCACAUUAGACCAAGUCUUUAUUAAACUUAGUACUCAGCAAGAGACUGCUAGUCAUUCAAUUACUAACAAUGAGGCUGGGAAAAACUAUCCAAUGCUUGAAAAAAAAUCUAAAUUGCCUUUACUUGAAGAAAAGUGUUUCUCUCUGAGGAAUUUCAUUAGUCUUUUACUCAAAAAUAUAUAUUUUUUAAAAUAUAGUCCACUAGGAUGGUUUCUAAUAUUAUUUGUCCCUAUAUCAGUGUCGGUAUUAUUUGAGUUUUCACUUGGACAGGAGCAAUUUAAUUUGAAACUGGGUAUAGUGAACGAAGAGCUUGGUCACAUCAGCUGUAGUAAUUAUAGUUCAACUUGUCAACUCGCUUCCUGUAAAUAUAUAUCUCUCCUGCAAGAACAUAAUUUAGAUCUAGUACUUUAUCAAGAUACCAGAAAAGCUUACAGCGACGCUAAAAGAAAUCUUAUUUGGGGUUACAUGCAUUUAUCUCAUAACUUUACCGAAUCCAUUCACAAAAGGAUGUUGAAGAAGGGAUUGGUUGAUAACGGAACACUUUUAAAUAGUGAAAUCAGCAUCUGGAUGGACAUGUCCAAUCAAGUAACAGCAAUUUAUUUGAGAAAGAAUAUCUAUGUAUCAUUUAAUAACUUUUUAAAAUGGUUAUCAUUAAGAUGCAGAUGGCCAAUUGAAUAUUUUGGAGUUCCUAUUCAUUUUAAUCCUCCUAUCUAUGGAUCGGAAACUUUUAAAUACAAUGAAUUUUCAAUCGCUGGAAUGCUGCUGAUGUUAGAAUUUUUUUUACCCAUGACAUAUGCUUCAGCCCUUCUCGAUGAUAAAGUGGAAGGCAUUCUGGAAAGAAGUUUUAUAGCUGGGCAUACCACAGUAGAAUUGGUGGCUGCACAAAUUUUUGUGACUGUAACUCUUUUCAUAAUUUCAACUACUUUGUUAACAACAAUUUUUUACGGAAUAUUCAAUCAUGCAUUUGAAGGAAGUAUUAUGUUAGCAAUGGUCCUUCUAAUUUUAGUAGGAAUAACUGGAACAUUUUAUGGAAUAUCUGUAGCUUUAAUAUUUGACAAUCAUGUCUCAGCAACAACCUUUGUUCUUGGAACUUUCUUACCUCUGGCAGUUGUUAGCGGUAUGAUAUGGCCGACUGAAGCAAUGCAUAGUAGCCUCCGAUCAGUCAGUUGGUUGCUUCCAUUGACACAUGCAACUGAAGCAUACAGGUCUAUAUCUGUCAGGGCUUGGACAAUAAGUCACCCAACAGUUUAUGUUGGGUUUUUAUCAGGUCUUUUAUGGGCUUCAGUUUUAUGUUUAAUAACCAUUAUUCUUGUGAAAACAAAACCAGGAAUGGCCGUAAAAUAGAUAUCAAUUUAUCCUUGAUAAAUGUUUUUUAAAAAAGUAACUAAAACAUAAUACAUAAGUUACUUAGUGUGCCUACUUGAUACUUUUCUGGUUUGGUUAUCCAUAAAUAUGAUAUAAAAUAAUUUUUUUUUUUUAACUCUAUGGAUUCCAUAAUUUUGGAAUUAGAGAAAGAGCAGUAGAAAUACUUGAAAUUUUGUACCCAGUUAAUUGAUAGAAUUUAAUCAUAACAUUUUUAAAAGGAAUUUAAUAUUAGAGAAAGUAUUUUUCAACAAAAAAAUAAAAGAUCCUUUAUAUUAAAAUUAUUGAUCUAGAUUUUUGAAAAAUUCUUAUUUUAAUUUUAAUAUAUGUUUUAAU